AGCCGCAAGCGACAAUGGCCGAAGCUGAUCGAUACAGUUAUACAGAUAAAGAAGAAGCUAGCUUCUUCCUCUGGAGCAAUGGCCAACCUUUCAAUUCCACUCCCUCGAAACGCUUUUUCUGUCCGCUCUUCCUCCCCCAAACGUUCCAUUCUAGCUACUUCUGCACUCCACUUCUCCAUCGCCGCCCGUUUCUCUGGUGGGUCUGAUGAUGUUUCUGAGACUAAGGAAGGAUUACUUGCUUUCAACAAUAUCAAGGGCGUGACCUGUGGUGUUCUUGCCGCUUGGACUGUGACUACUGCUGCUGCUUUUCCCGUCAUUGCUGCUAGCCAGAGGCUACCUCCAUUGUCAACAGAACCCAAUCGUUGUGAGCGUGCAUUUGUAGGUAACACGAUUGGUCAGGCAAAUGGAGUUUAUGACAAACCGUUAGAUCUUCGGCUCUGUGAUUAUACUAAUGAAAAAACCAACUUGAAGGGGAAGUCUCUGUCUGCGGCACUCAUGGCAAAUGCAAAGUUUGAUGGUGCAGACAUGUCAGAAGUUGUGAUGUCAAAGGCUUAUGCUGUCGGUGCUAGCUUCAAAGGAGUGGAUUUCUCAAAUGCAGUACUGGACCGUGUGAACUUUGGGAAAGCUAAUCUCCAAGGAGCUGUGUUCAAGAACGCAGUAUUGUCAGGGUCCACAUUUGAUGAAGCAAAGUUGGAAGAUGCAGUAUUUGAGGACACUAUUAUAGGUUAUAUUGAUCUCCAGAAGCUAUGCACAAACAAUACUAUUAGUGAUGAAGGGAGAGCUUAUCUGGGAUGUAGGUGAACUGAAUAGACGAGGGCUAUAUCUUAAACGAAUCGGCAUUUGAUCUGUGCUCUUCCUUUUAUAAUUAAUAAUGUAUCCUCUCAUCCAAUUCCUUUACUGAUAAAUUGUAGGCAGUGGUAUUGGUAUAUCUAAUUGUAUCAUUUGUUGGUAA